UACUUUUCCUCUCCAAAAUGGGAAAAACCUAGCAAACCCAUACAAUGUAGUUGUAAACACAGGAAAAUGCAACUCAAAUCCUCGACGAUGAAGAUCAGGCACUCGAAACGCGUUCCAUUACGAGUCUGGCUUUGUUUCCAAAAGUCUCAAGGUCUCCUCGUGGGUGGAAACCACACCUCCUCCAGGUUUUGCACUCGCUAGAUCCUUCUUUCCCCCACCACACUGGUUUUUCUCAUCAAAAUUCCCUUCAAAAGGUAACUUUUUUUAACCCUAAACAAAGUGGUUUUCUGGAAUCCUCUGUUUUUCUUUACCUAAUCAUGGCCUUGGAGCUUUUCAAGCUCCAACUGAUCUACUACAACCUCGCCUUUAAGAAGAGCGGUCUCGUUAAACUUUUCUUCUUAGCAAUUACAAUGGCGGCAAUCCCUUGCCUCAACCUGUUCAUCCCAAUCGACGGCUGUGAUCCGUCGUGGACCAUCGAAGCCACUAAAGUCCGACUCAACUCAACAGAUCUGGACGCUGCAUUCAGAGAUUUGAUGGCAGCAAAUUGGCUGAUCGACGGCUACGAAACUCUCUCAAUCGGCCGUGACGCAGCAAGAGCCGUGAUGGUUUUGAAGAAAUUGGGUUUCUCUGACGCUAUGGGAAUCUAUAGAUCAUGCGCGUCUCUGUUCAGACACCGUAAGCGGCUGAGGCCGUUGCCGUUUUACGAAGGAUCGUUUGAUUUUGUGUUUUCGACGGAGAUGAUUGACGGCGUUAGGGUUCCGGCACGGCUAGUUCUUGAGAUGGAGAGAGUUCUGAAACCGGCAGGUGUCGGCGUUGUCAUGCGACGCGUGUCGGGGAAUUUUCCGGUGACGGCGGUUAUGAAGGCUGCCGCUCCGGUGGCGGCAUUCUUGAGGUUUUCCGACGUUGUCGCUGUCCGUACGGUAAAUUGUACUGUUAUGGUGGUUUUCAAGAAAAGAGCGAUGGUUGGCCACGAGAAGCAUAAGGCGAUGGAACAGAAGAAGGUUAUCCCGGCUGGCGUAAGGACCAAAAAGUCACGGGACUCAGCUGAAAAUUACGUUGGUACCUAUGCUACUCUGGAGAAGAAAAAGAAGCUUUUGCCACUGUCCAAAGCUGAUCUGUCGGUAGUGAGGAAGAGUACGAGAGGUCAAAUUACUGAAAUGCCCCGGGACUCGGCCGGAAGUCACCUUGGUGCGUAUGCGACGACUCUGAAGAAGCGAUAUUUGCUGAAUAUGCCUCCGUUUCGAACUAAGAAGCGUUAUGGGAAUGGAGGGUGAUUUUGCUGAAUAUGCCUCCCUUCAAACUAAAAAGCGUUAUGGGAACGGAGGGUGAUUUGGUAACUUCGUGCUAUUAUGUACCGUGUAGUUAAUAAACAUGAAAUAAAAGGAGGGAGUCGAUAU